AUGGCGGCGACGAGCGGCGCCGAGCAGGCCCGCACGGCGGGCGGCACCAGCGCGGCCGCAGGCCGGCCCAGCCCCGGCACCGGCCUGCCGAGCUGCUGCACCAGGCCGGCCCAGCCCCGGCACCGGCCUGCCGAGCUGCUGCACCAGGCCGGCCCAGCCCCGGCACCGGCCUGCCGAGCUGCUGCACCAGGCCGGCCCAGCCCCGGCACCGGCCUGCCGAGCUGCUGCACCAGGCCGGCCCAGCCCCGGCACCGGCCUGCCGAGCUGCUGCACCAGGCCGGCCCAGCCCCGGCACCGGCCUGCCGAGCUGCUGCACCAGGCCGGCCCAGCCCCGGCACCGGCCUGCCGAGCUGCUGCACCAGGCCGGCCCAGCCCCGGCACCGGCCUGCCGAGCUGCUGCACCAGGCCGGCCCAGCCCCGGCACCGGCCUGCCGAGCUGCUGCACCAGGCCGGCCCAGCCCCGGCACCGGCCUGCCGAGCUGCUGCACCAGGCCGGCCCAGCCCCGGCACCGGCCUGCCGAGCUGCUGCACCAGGCCGGCCCAGCCCCGGCACCGGCCUGCCGAGCUGCUGCACCAGGCCGGCCCAGCCCCGGCACCGGCCUGCCGAGCUGCUGCACCAGGCCGGCCCAGCCCCGGCACCGGCCUGCCGAGCUGCUGCACCAGGCCGGCCCAGCCCCGGCACCGGCCUGCCGAGCUGCUGCACCAGGCCGGCCCAGCCCCGGCACCGGCCUGCCGAGCUGCUGCACCAGGCCGGCCCAGCCCCGGCACCGGCCUGCCGAGCUGCUGCACCAGGCCGGCCCAGCCCCGGCACCGGCCUGCCGAGCUGCUGCACCAGGCCGGCCCAGCCCCGGCACCGGCCUGCCGAGCUGCUGCACCAGGCCGGCCCAGCCCCGGCACCGGCCUGCCGAGCUGCUGCACCAGGCCGGCCCAGCCCCGGCACCGGCCUGCCGAGCUGCUGCACCAGGCCGGCCCAGCCCCGGCACCGGCCUGCCGAGCUGCUGCACCAGGCCGGCCCAGCCCCGGCACCGGCCUGCCGAGCUGCUGCACCAGGCCGGCCCAGCCCCGGCACCGGCCUGCCGAGCUGCUGCACCAGGCCGGCCCAGCCCCGGCACCGGCCUGCCGAGCUGCUGCACCAGGCCGGCCCAGCCCCGGCACCGGCCUGCCGAGCUGCUGCACCAGGCCGGCCCAGCCCCGGCACCGGCCUGCCGAGCUGCUGCACCAGGCCGGCCCAGCCCCGGCACCGGCCUGCCGAGCUGCUGCACCAGGCCGGCCCAGCCCCGGCACCGGCCUGCCGAGCUGCUGCACCAGGCCGGCCCAGCCCCGGCACCGGCCUGCCGAGCUGCUGCACCAGGCCGGCCCAGCCCCGGCACCGGCCUGCCGAGCUGCUGCACCAGGCCGGCCCAGCCCCGGCACCGGCCUGCCGAGCUGCUGCACCAGGCCGGCCCAGCCCCGGCACCGGCCUGCCGAGCUGCUGCACCAGGCCGGCCCAGCCCCGGCACCGGCCUGCCGAGCUGCUGCACCAGGCCGGCCCAGCCCCGGCACCGGCCUGCCGAGCUGCUGCACCAGGCCGGCCCAGCCCCGGCACCGGCCUGCCGAGCUGCUGCACCAGGCCGGCCCAGCCCCGGCACCGGCCUGCCGAGCUGCUGCACCAGGCCGGCCCAGCCCCGGCACCGGCCUGCCGAGCUGCUGCACCAGGCCGGCCCAGCCCCGGCACCGGCCUGCCGAGCUGCUGCACCAGGCCGGCCCAGCCCCGGCACCGGCCUGCCGAGCUGCUGCACCAGGCCGGCCCAGCCCCGGCACCGGCCUGCCGAGCUGCUGCACCAGGCCGGCCGCAAAGCGGGGCCUCUGGGGCUCGCCCCGCGGGGGCAGACGGCAGGGACAAGGCUGCAGCCAGCCCUCAUCACCCCCAGAGCUCGGCCUGGGCUUCGCACGGAGGGACGGACUCCCCCAAGUUCCUCAAACCGUAAAACACGCUCUGCGGAAUUUGCCUGGGGUGGUUUAACUUGUGUCAAAUUUCAAGGGACAGGGAAAAUAAACACCUGCAACCUUCUCCACAACAAGUCGGGCUGUCAGAAAUAA